UGAACUUGGUAUGCAUUUAGUGGGUGUGGCCCAAAGAGAGAUAGACAGGGUAUAUAAUCAAAUGAAGUGAAACAAAGUUUGAGGAACUAUUGGUUGCCUAGCGAUCACUACAUUCAGAUAAAUAGCUGAGGGGAUUUUUUUUUUGCUUUGCACAAACUGCUGUGGCUUCCAGGUGGACUCAAAGGAUCUGGAGAAAAGGCCCAACAGAAAGAGCAUUCAGCAGCUGUUUCAGAGCAUCAGUGUGACACAGGCAAAGAGAGGGAGCAAGCAGCAGAGGGAGAAGCACAGAGACAAAGAGAGGGAAAAACCGGAAAAACACAGAGAGAGAGAGAGAGAGAGAGAGAGAGAAAACAAGAGAGAGGAGAAGCUGCUUUUGUUCAAACUUGAUCACACUGAAGGACUUCCUGUGUCAGCACCAUGGGAAAGUCAGCCUCCAAGCAGUUUGCAGGGGAGCUUCUGCAGUGCCACAACGAGUACAGGAACAAGCACCAGGCUCCUCCGCUGAAGAUGAGCUCGAAGUUGAGCACAGAGGCUGCCCGUUAUGCUGAAAGUCUGGCCAGCACACGGAUCCUGAAGCACAGCGUGGAGUCCAGCAGAGGGAGUUGUGGAGAGAACCUGGCGUGGGCAUCCUACGACCAAUCAGGGAAGGAUGUGACAGAUCGCUGGUAUGAUGAAGUGAAACAGUACAAUUUCAGCAGUCCUGGAUUCUCCUCUGGCACAGGUCAUUUCACAGCAAUGGUGUGGAAGAGCACUAAAAAGCUGGGCGUGGGUAAGGCCACUGCGUCAGACGGUUCUUCCUUCGUGGUGGCGAGAUACUUCCCAGCUGGCAACAUCACCAACCAGGGACACUUUGAAAACAACGUUCUCCCGGCUAAAACCACCACUUCUUAAAGAGAUCCCAAAGACUUGACUCAAACCCAGAAGGAUUUAUUCCUUCCUCCAGGAGAGACGUUAUCUGCCUGCACUGCUGUGGAAAAGACUCAGGAGAGGAAUGGUUGAUGCCUAGUAGAUAAACGACCUACUCGAUACUACAAACCCCUGAAGAUUCUAAAAGAUGUACAUGUGUAAGAUGCAGUGUUUGACAUUAUUAACAAUACGUGUAGUGACCGGUUGGACUGUAUGAUCUUGAUGGUCAUUUACUCUGCAUGAGUAUUUUAAUAUAUUUCACACAGUUAAAAACAUCACAGCCUCACAUCUGAAUGUGUGUGAGACUGGGGACUAAUUCAGUGGAAUUGCAGGGAACUCACAUCUCCAUUUAGGUGAUUACCCAACAUGCUCGGUAUGUAUUUGUGGUCAGUUACUUGUCAAAACAAAGCCCGCUCAUCCAGGAUGUGUGUUUCCUUCUUUACUCUAAUCAGAUGUUUUUUAAUAAAGUUUAUAGAUUGCCAGAAA